AUGGCAGACGUCAAUGGAAAGUCACGAAGGAGACGAGGUCACAGCGGCGCUCCAACACCCACGAGGGAGGCUAGACUCCCAGGAAGCACUAUAACAACUUCCAAGAAUUUGCUCAAUGGCACAGCCGUGACCAUUUCUGAUGCGUUCGUCACAUCUGGGAAGGGAAGCAAGGGAACGGCAGGAAAGACCCAAGGCACAACUAACCGGCCAAUGAUGGCCUUGCCGACUGACUUCAUCAUUGCCGUGAUUGUGACUAUAGUGGUUUUGGGGCUGUUGUUCUGGGUACUCGUGCUUAUGUGGGAGCGAAGACGGAGGACACAAAAAUGGGAGGACUACAAGAAAUACGAGCAGGAGCGUCGGGAAUACAAGCGUCAGGAAGGGAGACUCCAUAUGCCGACUGAGUUGCAAAGGAAGAAUAGGUUUGAUAAAUAUGCGAGAAUUUAUGCGAGAGAGAAAGAUAAAGUGAACGGAGCUUCCAAAGAAAAAGAUAAAGCUGAUAAACCUUUCAAAGAGGCCAAAACGCCUGAGAAAAAAGGCAGCCGAGAUGAAGACCGACUUCAAAAAGGUUCACGUUCUAAAGAAGGGGGCUCUCGCCAUUCGAAAGAAAAUGAGUCCAAACAGCCAUUGGAAAAGCGGGAAGAAAGCGCAGAACCUGCUGAUGUAAAGGAAAUAGAGCUAGCCAUCAAGGGUGGAAAGAUGUCAUUAGCAAGUUUCGAAAAAGACAUGCCCGAGAAAAUUAAAGGAGAAAUAGCAUCAAUGACAGCGAAUGAAGAAGAAGCGCCUGGUAAAAGAGAAGAAAUGCCUGAGAAAAAACCGGGAGACUCUCAAGACAAAUGGUUACAUGAAGAUUACUUGUUUUAA